ACGUCAGCUAGCGGCUACGUUGUGGUUUCAGUCGCUACAGAACUAGAAGUUUGAUUGCGCUGAGGUAGAAGAGUGUGUGGGAGCGGUCAGCCGGCCAGCAGAGGGCGCCGCUCCGUGUAUGUAGGCCGGGGCUGCUGGGCAAGGGAUUGGGUUGUUUCAGUCGCCACAGAACACACGUGUGUGCCGCAUUUAUACGGAUCUGAUUGCGGGAGGCUCCCGGGUACCAGACAUGGCAGAAACAGUCCUAGUGAUUGGCAGCGGGGGCAGGGAACAUGCUUUGGCUUGGAAGCUGGCACAGUCGGUCCAUGUGAAACAAGUGCUCGUGGCACCGGGGAAUGCUGGCACUGUGGGACACGGCAAGAUCUCCAACACAGCUGCCCCAGUCAGUGACCAUGCCAAGCUCGCCCAGUUCUGCAAAGAUAACCAUGUUGGCCUAGUGGUUGUUGGUCCAGAAGCUCCUCUUGCAGCAGGGAUUAUCGAUGAUUUGACUGCAGCCGGAGUGAGGUGUUUCGGUCCUACAGCCAAGGCGGCACAGCUUGAGGCCAGUAAGAGUUUUUCCAAAGAAUUUAUGGACCGACACAACAUCCCAACUGCCCGCUGGAAAUCAUUCACUGACCCCAAGGAAGCCUGCAGCUUUAUUAUGAGUGCUGAUUUCCCUGCAUUGGUAGUCAAAGCGAGUGGCUUGGCAGCGGGCAAGGGAGUGAUUGUGGCCAGCAGUAAGGAAGAGGCUUGCAAAGCUGUGAAUGAGAUCAUGCAGGACAAGGCAUUUGGAGAAGCUGGAGACACAGUGGUUGUGGAAGAGCUGCUGGAAGGGGAAGAAGUCUCUUGUUUGUGUUUCACAGAUGGAGUCACAGUUGCUCCAAUGCCACCAGCUCAAGAUCAUAAAAGACUGUUGGAUGGUGACCUUGGCCCUAACACGGGUGGAAUGGGAGCCUAUUGUCCAGCUCCGCAGAUUACAAAAGAUUUUCUGGAGAAAAUCCAAGACACUGUCUUGUUGAAAACCGUUAAUGGAAUCCGUCAGGAUGGUGCACCGUAUGUCGGUGUGCUCUAUGCCGGCCUGAUGCUCACUAUGGAUGGCCCCAAGGUACUUGAGUUUAACUGCAGAUUUGGAGACCCAGAAUGCCAGGUGAUUCUCCCACUCCUACAGAGUGACCUUUAUGAUGUUAUUGUGGCCACUAUUGAUGGCAAACUGGCCAGUUGUAUGCCAGUGUGGCUAGAAAACCACGCAGCUGUUACAGUUGUUAUGGCCAGUGGAGGCUAUCCCUCUAACUAUGCCAAGGGGUUGGAGAUCACUGGGUUCCAAAAGGCUGGAGAGCUGGGUCUGGAAGUGUUCCAUGCAGGCACCGCCCUCAAGGAUGGAAAAGUGGUGACCAGUGGAGGGAGAGUUCUAACUGUCACAUCAAUCAAGAAGGAUCUUGUAUCGGCUCUAGACCAGGCUAACAAGGGGGUGGCAGCGAUACAGUUUCAAGGAGCUGUGUAUAGAAAGGACAUUGGCUUCCGGGCUAUUGCUUACCUUAAUCAAUCCAGGUCCCUGACAUACAAGGAUAGUGGUGUGGAUAUAGAAGCUGGUAACAGUUUAGUGAAAGCAAUUAAACCAUUGGCUGCAGCCACUGCCAGACCAGGAUGCAACGCAGAACUCGGAGGGUUUGCUGGCCUGUUUGAUCUGAAGGCUGCUGGGUACGUUGAUCCUAUCUUGGUUUCUGGGACUGAUGGCGUUGGCACAAAACUGAAGAUUGCACAGGCCUGCAAUAAGCACGACACCAUUGGGCAGGACCUGGUAGCCAUGUGUGUCAAUGAUAUUCUGGCGCAGGGGGCAGAGCCGCUGUUUUUCCUGGAUUAUUUCGCAUGUGGGUCCCUAGAUGUGGCAGUGGCUCAAUCUGUCGUUUCUGGAAUAGCCGCAGCGUGCAAAAAGGCUGGUUGCGCCCUCCUAGGGGGUGAAACGGCUGAGAUGCCGGGAAUGUAUUCUCCAGGAGAGUAUGACCUAGCUGGGUUCGCUGUGGGGGCCGUGGAAAGAGGCCGGAUGCUCCCCCAGUUGGACUCGAUACAAGCCGGCGACUUGGUUAUAGGAAUUGCCUCCUCUGGAGUUCACAGCAAUGGCUUCAGCCUUGUGAGGAAGGUUCUAGAGAAGUCAUCCCUAGAUUUCUCCCACCCAGCACCAGCAGGCUGUGGCGAGCAGACUCUCGGAGAGACUCUGCUCACUCCAACAAAAAUUUACAGUAAGACGCUCCUAGCUGUGCUGAAAUCCGGGAGCGUGAAGGCCUAUGCGCAUAUCACUGGAGGAGGCCUACUGGAAAAUAUCCCUCGUGUCCUUCCAUCAUCCGUUGGGGUCUCACUGGAUGCAAGUUGUUGGAAGAUUCCAGGGAUCUUCUCCUGGCUGCAGAAAGAGGGAAACCUGUCAGAGGAAGAAAUGACCCGGACAUUCAACUGUGGGAUAGGUGCAGUCCUAAUAGUGGGGAAACAAUUGGCCAGACAGGUCCUGAGAGAUGUGCAGAGAGAAGAGGAGGCCUGGAUCAUCGGAGCAGUGAUCCCACGUGCCAAAGACUCUUGCAGUGUUGAAAUCAAAAACCUAACGGAGGCUUUUACCAGAACCGACUCUGAGGUGAAGCAUUAUGUGCCGGAACAGCCCUCCAGCCUGCAGGGGGCAGCAAACAAAGACAAAGUGCGAGUGGCUGUCCUCAUCUCUGGGACAGGGACGAAUAUGGAGGCCUUAAUAGCAAGCACUAAGUCACCAAAUAGUGCAGCUUACAUAGCCCUCGUCAUCUCCAACAAAGCCGGGGCCGGGGGACUGAAGAAAGCAGAGAGCGCCGGGAUCCCUACGGUGGUCUUAGACCACAAACAGUACUGCAACCGCAUUGAGUUUGACAACGCCGUUGAUAAAGUCCUUCAGGAGUAUUCCAUUCAGUUUGUCUGCCUGGCGGGAUUCAUGAGAAUUUUAUCCGGACCCUUUGUCAGAAAGUGGGAGGGGAAGAUUCUAAAUGUCCACCCAUCUUUGCUGCCCUCGUUUAAAGGAGCCAACGCACAUAAGCUGGUACUGGAAGCCGGUGUGAGGCUCACAGGAUGCACAGUUCACUUUGUAGCUGAGGAAGUAGAUGCUGGGGCUAUAGUCUUCCAGGAGGCUGUUCCCGUAGAGCUGGGUGACACAGAGGAGAGCUUGUCAGAAAGGGUUAAGAAGGCAGAACACAGAGCCUUCCCGGCAGCACUGCAGCUCGUGGCUAGUGGUGCAGUUAAACUAGGACCGGAUGGCAAGCUGAGCUGGAGUAUACCAAAUAGAUGCUGAGCUUUAUCAGUGCCCGAGGUUUAUGUGUGAACUGACAAUCUUCAACUGCUGUAAAAACCCUUUUGUGUUCAAGAACCUGAUGUUCAAGAUGGCUGCCUGCUAAGAAGAUGAUGUUUUGUGCUGUUUCUGAGCCUGCCUAACAGACCUAUCCGCUAUAUGCUGAGUGCUAUGCUGUUGCCGAGUAGGCUCCCUGAGUCUGUAUGCAUACAUUAGAGAAUAGCAUUUAGGUGGUAUGGCCCAUACACGCAGUCAGUCUUUUGCCAGGUACCUGUAGGGGCAGUUUUCCCCAUUUGGCUCAUUCAAUACACAUUCCAAUACUUUCAGAUAUUUUACUUGUUUGACUACAUGUACAUUGACUUUGUUCCUGUUGAUAAGUUGAGUUUAUUAUUCAUUUAUUUCCCCCUUUUAUCGUCUUAUUCCAGUCUUAUUGCCUACAUGGAAGUGCCUUCUGCAUACGGACUCAGCAGUGCAGCAGCACAAUGUUAGUGAGGCUUUGGUGGAAAGUCUUAAUAGAGGCAAGCAAUGUAGCAACACCACCUAUAUGUAUGCAUGUAAAAAUACGGAUAACAAAGAAGUAGGUGAAGCCCUAGGUCAAUCAUGGGGGUUAUAAAAUUUUGUGGGGGCCACAUUCAGUUUUGAUCCUCCAGGAGGACAGCCCUGGGCUAAGGGAAAUAAAUGAGAUAUAACUACUAUCAGCAUAGCCCCAAUUCAUAAAUAUAUAUUCUUUACCAUGGCAAUUACACUACUUAACAUAUGCAAAAGUCUCAGUAAAGGCUCCCAGUUUAACUAAAGCUGAACAUACACUGUAAUUUGUCAAGGAGCCAAACAACUAAAUCAACCCAGUGCAUUGGUGGCCAUAUUGGCUACAGUUCUGCUCAUUUGAUUAAACCACAGGGCCAAGUUGGGAUGGAGCUGAGACCCUCUGUGUUACACUUUGUCCUGUGACAUAAAGGACAACAUAAAAUUCCAUACAGUCAUCAGUAAUUUGCACUCCCUUGUUACCAAGUCCAUAAAUCUCCAUGAAUCAAAAUCCCUGCCUGCUCCCCUUUAGUAUCUAAAGUAUCUAUUGGCUUUCAUAAAGCUUAGGUUAUUUCCGGAAUGUUCUUGCAUCUCUUCAUCCUUUGUUCCAGAAUUUCUUGAUCCUAAUGUUGCAUUCAGUCUGUUACCUGUUCCAACCAUGGCAGUUUUUUCACAAUAAACGGUUCUCUUUAGUAAACGA